AUGAAGUAUAAAACAUAUUUCAAGUAUUUCAGCCAACAUUGCAAUUUUGCUUUUCGAUGUCCACGCACUGACGUGUGUGAUUACUGCACAAAAAUAAACAAAAUUCUGGUAGAAAAUCCAAAUGAUGUGAAAAAGUUGGAAUAUGCCAUCCACAAACGGAAAUUUGCUCGUCAUCAAGAAAUAAAGAAUUACUUACUCGCAAGGGUUAAAACUGACAACACCUUACUUGUUGUUGAAUUUGAUUACAGCCAAAACUUUACUGUCCCCAAAUUAAAUGUAAACCGGCAGUUUUACAAACGACUUCUUUAG